AUGACUUCAUCAAUUUCCCAGUUCCUCCUGUUGGGGACUUUUGUAUUGGAUGUGGCUGGUACUAACUUACUGGGGAAUGGUGACUUUGAGUCGGCUACCCUAGGUACCCACUGGAGUAAAUCGGGAUGUUCCUGGGCCAUUAGUACGACGGAGAAACGUGGAGGAGCGCAGAGUGUUCACAUCACCUCAAGAGCGGCGAAAUGGGCUGGUCUUGGAUACAUUUUAAGUGAUGGUAUUGCCUCAGGGUUAAUUUAUGUCUUUUCGGGAUACAUCAAAUUGGAGAACCUGGCUCCAGGGUUCUCAAGCCACACUGUUCAAGUGAUUGUGAGACAAACGUUUAAUAACGACACAUCGAAGUAUCACAGUUUGAGUAUGCAACCCAGUGUCGUGCCUGGAUCCUGGGUAGAAAUAGGAGGGGACUUCAAACUUCCUAGCGAUCUAAAAGAAAUAAGGAUAUAUGUGCAGAUAGAAGAAAGUGGGGUCAACUACUUCUUUGAUGAUGGAAGCCUUGAAGAGCUAACACCAGAUCCCAACUGGAAAACAACGGUCAGCAACACCAUUGAUAACAAUCGAAAGGUCAAAAUGGAUAUUUUGACCCGUAACCCCGGAGGCAUUUCUCUUCAGGAUUUCACUAUAGAGGUUGAACAAAAACGAAGUGAGUUUGGACAUGGCACUGCAGUCAAAGCUAGCCUGUGGACAGACGCAUCUUACCAAUUUUAUCGAGACUUUGUAAACAACACAUUGAAAUCGGAAUGGGCUGUCAUAGAGAAUGCCCUAAAGUGGAGGGGCAUGGAGUGGACAAAGGGAAAUUUAAAAUUCGACGAAGCGAAUGCUACUAUAGAUGAUCUGCUAAGUAAUGGAUUUUUAGUUCGUGGUCACAACAUGUUUUGGGCUGUGGAGAAAAGGGUGCCGAACUGGGUACAGGGUAUUACAGACAUAGAUGUAAUGCAGAAAACCAUAGACGACCGAAUCUCUCAAACUAUCAACCUAACUAAAGGAAGACUUGUCCACUGGGAUGUAAACAACGAAGCCCUUCACGGCGACUUUUUCGAGAGGAAGACCGAAAGCUUAGACAUCACCAUGGAUAUGUUCCGGAAGAUGCACAAGGCGGAACCGGACACAAAGCUCUUUCUCAACGACUUUGCCGUGGUCAACAAAGCGGCGUAUACAACGGCUAUAACCAAUCAGGCGAAGAGAUUCCUGGACGCCCAAGUGCCACUCCAUGGAAUUGGGGUACAGAGCCACCUACCGUCAAGCGACAUCGACAUCACACAACUCAAGUAUCGCUUGGAUAAGAUUGCAGAAGCAGGUCUUCCUAUCUGGGUCACGGAGAUGUCUGUUACAGACGCUAACGAUACCGCUAAAGCCCAGGCGAUCGAAGUUGCUCUUAGUCUUUACUUCAGCCACAAGAUGGUGAAGGGUGUGUUGCUGUGGGGUUUCUGGUCAGGGGCUAUUUACAACGUCGACAAUUCCUUGGCAACAGGCGAAAAUUCUAUAACGCUGAACAAGGCCGGAGAGAAGUACGUAGACCUUGUGAACAACGUUUGGAGAACUAACUGGACAGCUGAGUUGAAAACCUACAAGAACCAGAUGUAUUUCAAGGGAGACUACAUCAUCACAGUAAAGAAAAGUGGACAAACCCUGAAGACUGUUGAACUAAACCUUACAUCUUAUACAAAGCUGAUAAUACGAGUUAAAGGAAAAUCUGCGUCACCUAAAAUAAAAAUAAGGAUCCGCUGA